CCAGAAAUGGAGGUCAUCUGUUGGAGACGACCCUUGUUGGGUUUGUUCUUUGCAUUUGCACUAUCAUGUCUAAGAAUAGGGAAAGGACAAGAAUCAACAGCUCUUGUACCAGCAAUCAUGACAUUUGGUGAUUCUUCUGUAGAUGUUGGCAACAAUAACUACCUACCAACUCUUUUCAAGGCCAAUUACCCUCCUUACGGGAGAGACUUCACCACUCACAGACCCACUGGAAGGUUUUCCAAUGGCAAAUUAGCCACUGAUUUCACUGCUGAAACUCUGGGUUUUACUAGUUUUGCACCUGCAUAUCUUAGCCCAGAGGCAUCAGGGAAGAACCUUUUGAUAGGAGCUAAUUUUGCUUCUGCUGCAGCUGGUUUUGAUGAGAAAGCAGCCUUAGCAAAACAUGCGAUCCCACUGUCAAAGCAACUACAGUACUUCAGGGAGUACAAGGGCAAGCUAGGUAGAGUAGCUGGUGCUAACAAAUCAGCAUCCAUAAUCAAAGAUUCAAUAUAUCUCUUGGGUGCUGGAACUGCUGACUUUCUUCAGAACUACUAUGUUAAUCCUCGGCUUAACAAGGUCUACACUGCUGACCAGUAUGGCUUGUCCCUUGUCGGUUCAUUUACACGCUUUGUUAAGGAUUUGUAUGGUUUGGGGGCCAGGAAACUUGGGGUAACUUCACUGCCCCCAUUAGGUUGCCUUCCUGCAGCAAUCACUUUGUUUGGAUUUCACAAGCCAGGAUGUGUGUCCGGGAUCAACGCUGAUGUGCAAAAAUUUAAUAAGAGGAUCGAUUCUGCAUCUAAAGCUCUUCAAAAGCAACUACCUGGUCUUAAGAUUGUCAUAUUUGACAUUUACAAACCUUUGUAUGACAUUGUCAACUCUACCUCAAACUAUGGGUUUAAGGAAGCAAGGAGAGGUUGCUGUAAGACUGGGAGAGUAGGGGCAACAGUGUUCUUGUGCAAUCCAACGACACUUGCAGCAGGAACAUGUUCAAAUGCCACUGAGUAUGUAUUUUGGGAUGGUGUCCAUCCAUCAGAGGCUGCUAAUCAGGCUAUUGCUGAUGCCUUGAUUUUUCAAGGGAUCGGCCUCAUUGGAUGAAGUAAAGCGUAUCUGCCAUCUGGCUAUGUUUUUCUCUGUCAAAUAAUUAGGUCAAGAGUUUGUUGUAGAUCUUAAGUAAUUAAUGUAAUUAAAGAUAGGUCAUCGUCAUCUUUUUGGUUUGUAACUAUGGUAUUUUGUUCUUUUGUGAUGUUGGU